AUGUCUCCCUCACUGCCCAUGCGGCGCGAUGGCUCGUCUUCUAGCGGGCGUGUACUUGGUCGUCGGCGGACGAUUCUUUUCGGCGCGCUCUCGUUUGCAUUGUUCCUCUUGCUAGGAUACUCUGCACAUUCAAUGGGCGUACUUCCGCUCUCCGGGAUUGGGUUCGAGUCCAUAUACACGCAGAACGCAGCUGCUCCACCCGCUGGAGGGCGUGCAUCACGCCCGCUCUCCGUACGCGCCGCCAGGCGAAUGCAAGAUAGGCUGUACGCGAAGGCGAGCAUGCAUCCCCGCCCAGUGUGUGAAUGGACGCCAUGGCACGAAGCACGCUACGCGCCAUUGAGAAACACGAAGCGACGGAUCAUGCUCCCGAUGCUCUUGCACAAGAGCGGUGCGCUCGUCAGCACUUUGGCGCAAGAGUUGCCGGUCGUGCUCGAGUGGCUUGGAGUCGAGAACGUCUUUGUGUCGAUAUACGAGAGCGGGAGUCCCGACGGAACCCGGGAGUAUCUAGGCGACUUUCGCAAGAUACUAGACGCCGUCGGCGUCAAGAACCAGAUCGUCACAUACGGGGAUACGCGGGAGGAGAACACGGAAGGAAACCGGCGCAUCAUGGUCAUGGCCGCAGCGCGCAAUACCGUUCUCACACCUUUCUACACCGGCCAAGUUGCAACAGUGCUCGGCGGCGAACCCGAUGAGGUCUUCUUCCUCAACGACAUAUUCUUCUGCGCACCCGAUCUACUCGAGGUACUUCUGCAAUACCGACAGCAAGGGAUGCACCAAGCGUGCGCGACAGACUGGGAGAUAGGCGUGUACGACCGAUGGGUACUGCGGGCUAUAUCUGGGAAAGGAUGGUGGCGCCAAGACGAUCUGCUCGAGUACUUUGGAACACCGGACGACCAUCCUAAGACGCUCCCCGUACCUCUUCUCGAUGAGGAGGUGGACCGCAGACGGUGGGAGAAGCAUCUGCCGCUUCAAGUGUUCAGUUGUUGGAAUGGUGCUACGGUGAUCAACGCCGAAGCCUUCUUACCCCCGCACAACAUGAGAUUCCGGCAGAGCAAGGCUGAUUGGGAGGACGAGGAGAAGGGCAUACCGCUCAACGCGACGUCGAAGGCAUCCGAGUGCUUUCUCAGCAGUGUUGACUUGUGGAAGAUGGGCUUCAAUCGCAUCGCCAUCAUCCCGAAAGCUAGCGUUGCGUACAGGUUCAAGCACUAUGUCGAGUCUCGAAAGGACUCCGAGUCUUUCGCGCCCAAGGGCGACGACGAAGUGUUCGAGUGGAUUGGAAACUGGAAGGAGACGCCUCCCAAGGAGGUAAUCAGCCAAGACUAUGCCUGGUGGCAUCUACCUGAGCGUCUUGGGCCGUGGGACGAGCAGUAG